AUGUCUGAAGAAGCGAUCUCAGGAAGUGACCUGGACCCCAGCAUUAACAGCGAAGAGGAGGAUCUGGAAGAGGAAGAGGAGGAGAUUGAGGAUGACGAUGAGGGUGACAACGAUGGGGAUGAUGAAGAUGAUGCAGUCGGUGAGUGGGGGGGAGGUGUCACCUCCAUAGAAGUUGCCUUUAGUUUACUACUCACAAUUAAUGCUGGUAUUUCAGUCAGAACAGAAGACAACAUUCAAGAAGUAAUUCUAAUUCACUUUAAAGACUAUCUGUUAAAGGUAGAGUAGGUGAUGCAUAAAGUCCACUGUUGUUGUGCUGCAGCUACCACGUUGCAGCAGAGUGAACUGUACCCAUCCACAUGGGCAGAUACUCUGUGCGAGUGCAUCGCGCUCAAUAUUCUCAGUUCAUCAUAUCGCUGAGUUUCAGUUUUUAAAUGGUUGUACAGCAGGCAGCUGCUAAGAAAUGUGAUGAAACUAGUUUUCUUCUUGUUUGUCAAGUCUGACGCAAAACAUCUAUUUAAAAUGUGAACUUAUGUAGUCAACCAAUCAGUUACACCGAGGUUGUGUCCCCAAUGGCAUCCUAUUCCCUACAUAGUGCCUAUGGUACCUGGGCAAAAGUAGUGCACUGCAGAGGGAAUAGGGUGCCAUUUAGGACGCACAGCAGUCAGGUAGUGAGCCAGGCACUUGGAGAGAGUCUGCGGAGCUGCCAUGUCACCAUGUCCUACAUUGUUACAGACAGACUAGUGUCAACAACAUGUUAGAGCAGACAGAACAACAGGUAGGAGAAUGCAGGUUUUGAUGAAUGCUGCUCGAAUGAAACUGCCUGCAUCUGCUCUGAACAACGCCUCCAAACUAUGUGUUAAAUGCCAAGAAUGUGAGAGGCUUCCAGGGGUAAGGAACACCAGGCAAGGCCUCACUCACACUUACAGCCUGGCUGCCUAGAAGGAUGGGAGAGUAAUGAAGACACUGGAUGUGUCCCAAAUGACCAGGGCCCAUAGGGCUCUUGUGAAAAGUAGUGCACUAUUGAGGGAAUUGGGUGCCAUUUGGGACGUAGUCACUGUCUGUAACAUGUCUUACUGGGGUCAGACAGUAACAGCCAUGAAUGAACCAUAGAGAAGAUUAUUAUUAUUUGGCUCAAUAAAGAAUACAAGAGUUAGGAUUUAAGGAUGUUUUCCCAGAUCCUGGAAUAAGAAUCUUGUUCAAUUGAGAUUCUCCAUUGAAAGUACCCCAGAAACGGAUAAACCAAUGCUUCAGUACACCUUUCAAUAGUGUCCAAGAGAGAUUGGAGAAAGUUCCCAAGAAGCAAUGCUUUCCCAAAAGGGUUUGUCUAUUUCUCUAACCUUAUUGGCCGGUUUCCCAUACACUGAUUUAAUAAUUAGUUGACUGAUUUAUGUAAUUCUCUGCUCUGUCCAACAGAGCAGCCAGAGAGUGGCCAUGGCAGUACAGAGAUGGAGACCCAGGGAGGGAGGGACUCCCCCUCAGCUACCUCACCCUCAGAAGAGCCUCCCUCUGGGCCCCCGUCUCAGCCCACCUCCAGGCCUUCUUCCCGGCCCAACUCAAGACCUGCGUCUCGCUCCCAGCCCCCGUCUGACCAUGGCUCCCAGCCCCCGUCCCGCCCUGAGAGCCCCAGUCAAGACAAGCCCUCUGCGGGCAAAAAGAAGAAAUCGAGGGCUUCAAAGUCCCAGGCCCCUUCAUCCGGUCCUGAGAGCCCCAGCCAGGACAAGCCCUCUACGGGCAAAAAGAAGAAACCAAAGGCCUCCAAGGCUUCAAAGUCCCAGGCCCCUUCGUCCCGUCCUGAGAGCCCCAGCCAGGACAAGCCCUCUGCGGGCAAAAAGAAGAAACCGAGAGCCUCCAAGUCUAAGGACCCGAAGCCUGCUAAGUCCUCUAAGCCAGCACACAUGAGGAAGAACAUCAGGUAUUUGUUUGAUAGGGUGGUUUUAAUGUAUAAUACACCCUCUCCUCUAACCCAACCCCCUGUCCUCCUCUCCUCUAACCCAACCCCCUGUCCUCCUCUCCUCAAACCCAACCCCCUGUCCUCCUCUCCUCAAACCCAUCCCCCUGUCCUCCUCUCCUCGAACCCAUCCCCCUGUCCUCCUCUCCUCGAACCCAUCCCCCUGUCCUCCUCUCCUCGAACCCAUCCCCCUGUCCUCCUCUCCUCGAACCCAUCCCCCUGUCCUCCUCUCCUCGAACCCAUCCCCCUGUCCUCCUCUCCUCAAACCCAUCCCCCUCUCCUCGAACCCAUCCCCCUCUCCUCGAACCCAUCCCCCUGUCCUCCUCCUCCUCGACCCCAUCCCCCUGUCCUCCUCCUCCUCGAACCCAUCCCCUGUCCUCCUCCUCCUCGAACCCAUCCCCCUGUCCUCCUCUCCUCUAAACCCAUCCCCCUGUCCUCCUCCUCCCGAACCCAUCCCCCUGUCCUCCUCUCCUCGACCCAUCCUCCUCUCCUCGAACCCAUCCCCCUGUCUUCCUCUCCUCUAACCCAUCCCCCUGUCCUCCUCUCCUCUAACACCAUCCCCUGUCCUCCUCUCCUCGAACCCAUCCCCCUGUCCUCCUCUCCUCAAACCAUCCCCCUGUCCUCCUCUCCUCGAACCCAUCCCCCUGUCCUCCUCUCCUCGAACCCUUCCCCCUCUCCUCGAACCCAUCCCCCUCUCCUCGAACCCAUCCCCUGUCCUCCUCCUCCUCGAACCCAUCCCCCUGUCCUCCUCCUCCUCGAACCCAUCCCCCUGUCCUCCUCUCCUCGAACCCAUCCCCCCUGUCCUCCUCUCCUCUAACCCAUCCCCCUGUCCUCCUCCUCCUCGAACCCAUCCCCCUGUCCUCCUCUCCUCGAACCCAUCCUCCUCUCCUCGAACCCAUCCCCCUGUCUUCCUCUCCUCUAACCCAUCCCCCUGUCUUCCUCUCCUCUAACCCAUCCCCCUGUCCUCCUCUCCUCGAACCCAUCCCCCUGUCCUCCUCUCCUCGAACCCAUCCUCCUCUCCUCGAACCCAUCCCCCUGUCCUCCUCUCCUCGAACCCAUCCCCCUGUCCUCCUCUCCUCGAACCCAUCCCCCUGUCCUCCUCUCCUCUAAUCCAUCCCCCUGUCCUCCUCUCCUCCGAACAGGAAGCUGCUAAAGGAGCACCAGAUGGAGGCAGUGACCAAGGCAGCCCAGCAGGAGGAGUUAGAGAGGCUGAGGCGUCUGGAGCAGCAGAGGAAGGACCAUACAGCACCACCUGUCAUAGAGUGUCCUCCCCCAGGUGAGAGUUCUACCCCAACCCACCCUCUGGACAUGUCUGUCACACCCCACUAUCUCUCUAUUUUAGUGAUGGGCAUUUGAAAUGAUUUCACUAUUCGAAUAAUAUCAUGUUAUUUGUUUGGAUAUCCAGAUAGUCGAAAUACAUGUGUUUUUAUUUUUUUGGGGGGGGCCUUCAAUGGAGAUGUGAGAGCCGGUGCUCUGCUCGUUUCAGCGGAGGGGUGGGAGAGGAGAUGGGGCCGGUGUGUGGCAGUCUAUGUGUGUGGCACUGACUGAGUGAGAGAGGGAGAAGUAGCCAAACCGAAUUGUGCUAGUUAGACAAACUUGUUGCUGCCAUAGGUUAUACCAUCUGGUAGUGCCUGUCUUGGCUGCAUCAAAUCGUUGUAAAGAAGCUAGCUAGCUACAGUAGCCAACUAGCUAGCUAAAGUAGCAAGGCUAAUUGAGGCUAUUUUGAGGCAUCCUUGUCUACAACAACUCCAUUCAUAUGAAACAGCCUACCUGUUGGUUGAUCACUGUAGCCUACUCCUUCUCAUUUAGCCAACUUAACUUAUUUUGCAUUGAUUAGAAAUCUCCCACUUCACUUGCGACACAUGGAGCCUCUGACUGUAGCGCCAGCGCCUCUUUUUUAUGGGGCGCACUCAUAAAAACUGUCAUUAAACUGUUUUAGAAAAAUGUAGAUGGGGCAGAAGUCUGUGUGUGGUUGAGGUUCUAAAAUGUAAAUGUAAAAAAAUGGUUCUGGAUGUCCAGAUAGCUAGCAACAAUGACAAGAAGCUGCCAUGUGGGGAAUCGUAGGUGGCAUUUUUCAGCUAGUUUCUACCGUGUUUUGACUCGUGUCACGUCUAUGCUAAUACAGCAAAAAUUCGCUAGCUAGCUAACCAACAACUGUAACGAUAUAUUUGAGACAAGUGCUCAUUGUGCAAAUGUAUUUAGGUUUUCAAUAAACAUUGGAGACGAAAUAUAGUUCACAUAUGAUCUAAGCCAACCCCGUCUGUUUUAACCCAAAUGUGCGCAACUAUGGGGCUUCUUGCGAAACAACCAACCCGUCUGUCAAAUAGAUACUUUUAUUACAUUUUAGACACAGCCCUCCCAAAAAUGUAAUACUUUCCCAUGUACAGUGCCCAUCCCUUCUCUUUCCAUCUUUCCCUUACCCGUUUCCUGCUCUGCCUGCCUGCCUGCCUGUCUCUCUCUCUCUCUCUUUCCCUUCUCUCUCCUCUCUCUCUCUUAUUGUUCUUUGUACAUGUCCCCCUCUCCUCCAAUAGAAUCGGUGUUGAGGCCUGGGGAGGAGGAGUGUCAAGGUCAGGGGUCGUUAGAGGCUGCUUUCCUAGCCAGGCAGGAUGUCAUCUGCCUGGACAGCAGUGACAGCAGUGAGGAGGAGGAGAAGCAGGAGGACGUCAAGCCACCAGCUAUCCCCAUUAUCAGACUCGCUAUCAGACCCGCUAUCAGACCCGCUAUCAGAGACGGUAAGACCGUAGGAGGACUGCUAAAACGAAGGGAACAACCACAACUCUCUGGCUGUGUCCCAAAUUGAACCCCGAGACCCUAUGCACGUGGAGAUCUGAGACUAUUUGAUUGGUGUAAGCAAUAUGAUGUAACUUCCCCAUAGCCUAUCAGAAGGUAAGGUGGCGCUAUUGACAUAUUUCUUAGACCUGUCCAAUCCUCUCAGUUAUCCACAAGUGUAAAGAACAUUAUAGGUAGAACCUUAAAGUUAUAAUGUUCCUUGGUUGGACUAACAGGAAUAUAUACCCAGUUAUUGGUUCGUACUUAUAAUGAACACAGCAUGCUAUCUAGAGGCAGCACGGACCUCAUAAUUACUUCAUAAUCCAUGUGUCAGUCAUAACGUUGUUUUAGCUGUCAGGUUACAAAUGCUUAAUGGCAUGAACUAUGAAUAUCAAUUCCCCUGCUUGGAACCAAUGAUGCCCGCAAUCUCUCCAGGACCACAUUGGAAAUAAGUGUGUUAUUUGGAUGUUUUUAACUGUCAUUAUUUAACCGAAUAAUAAAUAAAUACAUCUAAUCAAUCAAAUUCCUCCCUGACCCAGACGUGAUCGAGCUGAGCUCCGGGGACGACGAUGCACUGCAGAUCAGCAGCGAGUCAGCCAAUGAGGACGAGGACGAAGGUGCGGGGGGCACGGCGGAGAGCAGCGGCGCGCACAUCAACGACUCGCUCAACCAACCAGACGCCCAGGGGAGGGUCCUAGUUAAUAUCAACCACCCCGCAGAGGAGGAAGACCUGUACCUCGCCCCACAGCUGGCCCGCGCCGUCAAACCUCACCAGGUACGCUAACUCACACACACACUGCUGCAACAUGGGAGAAGGCGUCACAAAGGCAGACCGGGUAAAAGUGCCUUGACUGCAUACGUUAUGUAAUUGAGUUCAUUCUCUCUCUUCCUCCAUCCCUCACCCCCCCCCCCCCUCCUCUCGCUCCAUCUCUUACCUCCCCCUUCUUUCUCCCUCCCUCCCUCCCAGGUUGGUGGGAUCCGGUUCCUCUAUGAUAACCUGGUGGAGUCUCUGGAGCGCUAUAAGGGCAGCAGCGGGUUUGGCUGUAUCCUGGCUCACAGCAUGGGUCUGGGCAAGACACUGCAAGUCAUUUCCUUUAUAGACAUCCUGCUCAGACACACCGGGGCCCACACCGUACUGGCCAUCGUCCCUGUGAGUAGACCGUUAAGGAGAUGAUGGGUGUGUCUCUCUCUGUCUCUCUUCUCUUGCUUUCUCCCUCUCUCCCGCUCUCUAUUCUCCCAUUGCUCUAUGUGCGUCUCCCCUGUGUGUGUGUCUGUCUGUUUGUCUAUCUGUGUGUGUGUGUGUCUGUCUGUGUAUGUGUGUCUGUCUAUCUGUGUGUGUCUGUCUGUCUGUUUGUCUAUCUGUGUGUGUCUGUCUGUGUGUCUGUCUGUGAGCACAGCUGUGUCUUUAUCUCUCUUUCUCUCUCUCUCUCGCUUUCUCCCCCCAGGUGAACACCCUCCAGAACUGGCUGGCGGAGUUUAACCUGUGGCUUCCCACCCAAGAGGCCCUUCCCCCUGAUAGUGACCCUGCCGUCGUCACAGGACGCACCUUCAGAGUCCACAUCCUCAAUGACGAGCACAAGUACGUGACAUUAUAUAGUAGAGCUGACUAACACACUGCAGUGUGUGUCAAUUGUAUACUAUCGUGUGUGUGUCAGUUGUUUACUGCUGUGUGUGUGUGUGUGUGUGUGUACUGCCGUGUGUGUGUGUGUACUGUCGUGUGUGUACUGUAUAACCAUGAGGUACAUAAAGACAGCACUGACGUGUGCCUGUGUGUGCGAGCAUGUGUGCGUAACAUUGCUGACGUGUGUGCCCUACAGAACCACGGUGGCCCGGGCUAAGGUAGUGGAGGACUGGUCCAGGGACGGAGGCGUCCUCCUGAUGGGGUAUGAGAUGUACCGCCUGCUGUCCCUGAAGAAGAGCUUUGUGACGGGCAGGAAGAGGAAGUCCAAGAAGCCCCAGGGACCUGUCAUCAUCGACCUGGACGAAGAGGAGAGGCAGCAGGAGCUCAUGAAAGGUCAGGGGUUAGAGUUCGCUGCCGGGCCCAUUGUGAUCUGGGGCCGGAGUAGUAGUAGUAGUUACAGAUUAGGAGUGCUGAUCUAGGAACAGGUCCUACCUGUCCAUCUAAUACUAUUAAUUGUGAUCUAAAAGCCAAAACUGAUCCUAAAUCAGCACUGACUCUGAGACGCUUUAUGAAUAUGGCCCUGAUCCAUUGAUAAUGAGAAACAGCACACCAAUAUAAUGAUACAAUACUGUAGGCUGACAGGAGUUCACUAGACGCUGGAUGAAUAAUGCCUUGUAAAAAAGCUGCAUAAAUUACAAUAUUAAAAUGCCAAGGCUGAUGAAUUGCCUGCACAUCAAUGACAUUCUACUACUAAUAGUAGAUCAGAGAACAUUAUUAUUUUAUCUAUUCAUCAUCAUUCAUGUAACCUGUGUUUUACUCUUUUUUCACACACACAUUCUCCCAACCUGUGUUUUACUCUCGCUCUCUUCUCUACUCCCACAAACACACCUACACCCACCUAGGUAUUGAGAAGGCGCUGGCCAGGCCCGGUCCAGACGUGGUGAUCUGUGAUGAGGGUCACCGCAUCAAGAACUGCCACGCCAGCACCUCGCAGGCCCUGAAGAACAUCCGCUCCAGGCGACGUGUGGUCCUAACAGGCUACCCCCUCCAGAACAACCUGAUAGAGUACUGGUGCAUGGUGGACUUUGUCAGGCCUGAUUUCCUGGGCACCAGGCAGGAGUUCAGUAACAUGUUCGAGAGGCCCAUUCUGAACGGGCAGUGUGUGGACAGCACGCCGCAGGAUGCCAGGGUGAUGAGAUAUCGAAGUCACGUCCUCCAUAGUCUGCUGGAGGGCUUCGUCCAGAGGUGAGCGCAGAGAAGAGUGCAGACUGUCUGGUUUAAAAUGAUUCACCUCCCUCGCUCACCCUUUGCUUUUUAUAUCGCUCUUUCUGUCUCUCUCUCAGGCACUCUCUCGCUCUCUCUUUCCCUCUCUAUGUUUCUCCAUCUCUCUAUCCUCUCUAUCAAAUAUGGUUUCUUAUCCCAAAUCAAACCCUAACUCUUAGCCCUACUCUCUCCUAUAGAUCUGUAAAGGAUUGGUGAGGAAUAUGCAGUCUGAUAAUAAUCUGUUGUGGUUCAUCCGUGUCUGUCCCAGGCGAGGCCACGACGUACUGAGGGACCAGCUCCCCUCCAAGGAAGAGCAUGUGAUCAUGGUGCGCCUGUCGCCCCUGCAGAGGGCCCUCUACGCCGAGUUUAUGAACCGCUUCAGAGAGGCAGGCAACAGCGGCUGGCUGGGCCUCAACCCACUCAAGGCCUUCUGCGUCUGCUGCAAGGUGAGGCUGAGAUCGCUGUACUGGUGCUGUGGGGUUACAGACAGACAGACAGACAGGCAGGCAGGCAGGCAUACCACAGACCCCUCAAACUCAACUCUGGACCUCGAAGCCAGUUCCACUGCAUUUUUUAAUUGUUCCCCUCUAAUUAGGGACUGAUUUAGACCUGGGACACCAGGUGGGUGCAAUUCAUUAUCAAGUAGAACAGAAAACCAGCAGGCUCUGGACCUCAUAGGGUAAGAGUUGAUUACCUCUGCCAUAGACCAUAGUGACCAUAGGGUACUGCUGUGGGUUAGUCAGCCUAGCCAGGAUAUACACCCUCAUCUUAAUAAUAAUAAUAAUAUGCCAUUUAGCAGACGCUUUUAUCCAAAGCGACUUACAGUCAUGCGUGCAUACAUUUAUUUGUGUAUGGGUGGUCCCGGGGAUCGAACCCACAACCUUGGCGUUACAAGCGCCGUGCUCUACCAGCUGAGCUACAGAGGACCACAUCUUAAAACCUGGAAUCAGUAACACUAUUGAAGUCAGUCCAUUGAUGUGUGCGUGUGCGUGUGUGUGUGUGUGUGUAGAUCUGGAACCACCCUGACGUGCUGUACGAGACCCUUCAGAAGGAGAACCUAGCCAACGAGCAGGACCUGGACCUGGAUGACAUCACGGCGGCCGCCAACCCCCGCUGCCCCGGCGCCAGCCUAAAGGCCAAAGCGGCCGACUCGGCCAACAGUCGGAUCAACGUCGGCCUGCCCCCGCUCAACCCCAUCCAGGAGAGAGCCAAUCAAGUCAUCACCUACGAAUGGGUACGUAACGCCACUCUCUCUCUACCCACAGGCUGGCUGAGAACAUGUUAGAUACUUCUCCUAUGUUAGCCUGGGUCCUAUGCAUUAGGAAGAAAAUGGGCCAAAACGGGUAGAAACCUAGAGUCUCACCUACCUGAGUUUGUCCAAUAAGAAACGCUUGUUUUCAUGUUCGUUUGAAAAUCGUUUUGCUACGGUGUGCACUAAUGAAUAGAAGCCUUGUUAAACCAGACCGAAUGCUGUGCUCAUUAUUGCAUGAUUUUCCACUGUAAAGAUUCUAAAGUUGUAUUGUGAAACCUAGGGAUGUAAUGAUUCACCGAUACGCAUAGGCUCACCAGUUUAACUGUUUAAGAUAUGAGCGCAUCGGUCCGCGGUACCCCAAACCGAUCCAAAUGUAGCAUGCAUCGGUCAGAAAAGCGAUUCAAAAGUCACGAAUUGCUGGUUCACAAUUUUUUGGGGGUUGCUCAAAUUACUUUCUUUCUACCUUCAGAAAAUACCUCAUAUUUUGUGACAACUGCGUCCUCCCCUUCGGUGUCUAACUAACCAUGCCAUUAUGUUGACAGCCAUAGAUCUCCAAGUCAUUUUGCAUGCCGAUCAACCCCAGACUAUAUGAGUAGCCUAGUCAAACUGCAUGCCGAUCAACCCCAGACUAUAUGAGUAGCCUAGUCAAACUGCAUGCCGAUCAACCCCAGGCUAUAUGAGUAGCCUAGUCAAACUGCAUGCCGAUCAACCCCAGGCUAUAUGAGUAGCCUAGUCAAACUGCAUGCCGAUCAACCCCAGGCUAUAUGAGUAGCCUAGUCAAACUGCAUGCCGAUCAACCCCAGACUAUAUGAGUAGCCUAGUCAAACUGCAUGCCGAUCAACCCCAGACUAUAUGAGUAGCCUAGUCAAACUGCAUGCCGAUCAACCCCAGGCUAUAUGAGUAGCCUAGUCAAACUGCAUGCCGAUCAACCCCAGGCUAUAUGAGUAGCCUAGUCAAACUGCAUGCUGUGCACAGCUUUGCGCACCCACCAACAAGAGGUAGACCCUGAUCUGACACAUCUACGUGUCACAGGACAGCAUUCAAAUGUUUGUAAAAUGGCUUGCGCAAUAUUAGGCUUUAUUAGUUGAGUGACAACCAGUGUAAUUUGCUAGGUUAUUUUUAUGAAAUGUGCUGUUGAAAAUUGUGUUUUACCUGAAAAAAGUAGCCUAAGCUACUGCCCGGUCGACGCAGCAGAAGAGAAUCUCACUAACCAUUUGAUUAUUAGACGGGGGUGCAAUCCAAAGUUGUUCUAUUUAUUUAUUGGCUAUGUCAUAGUUCAUUUUUACAGAUAAAUAUUGAUAAAUGAAUUAGUGGGUGAUGGUGAUUUCAGAUCAAAAGUGGGGGGACAAAAAGCAAAUAUUGCCCCCCCAACUGAUAGUGGGGUGGUAGAUGGCCAGUUUCCCUUAUGGCUCAGCUCAGGUGCCCACAUCCACCAUAUACAUCAUUUACACACACACACAGAAGCCAGCUCAGACAGAUCCAGCUCAGACAGAUCCAGCUCAGACAGAUCCAGCUCAGAGGCCCAGCUCAUGAGCUCCAUCAGCAGCAGAUUUUAAUUUAGAAUGGAAAAUGAAUGCGUUUAUGCAACAAAUGCUAGUGCAUCGAACCGACUCACAUCGAUUCGUUCCUCUAAUCAAACCAAAUCGCACUGUAUGUUUUCAAACUAAAACGUAUUGUUCCUGAAUCGUAUCUCAUGUAUCGAAUCGUCUUAAAAGGGAAAUCUGCACAUCUCUAGUAAAACUUAAGACCUCCUCGUUGGUGUGAAAUAAUGAACUUCAUUCACCCACCUCCUGUCCUGUUCCAUGGAUCUCUGUCUCUCCAGGCCAAGGACAUCAUGAGCAACUACCAGACUGGUGUUCUGGAGAACUCUGCCAAGAUGCUGCUGCUCUUCCACCUGAUCGACGAGAGUGUGAGCAGAGGAGACAAGAUAUUGGUCUUCAGGUUGGACCUAUUCCUAUGUCUGACGUGGAACACUUCAUUCAGACACUCCAGACACUUCCUACGACCAGACUCAUAUACUUAGACUUUAUUGUCUUUUUUCUUAGAGAGACUGGAAAUUAGUAUUUUUGCUUUUCACCUCGAAGUAUCAAUGUGGUUGUAACUAACUGACUUGAAUGUGUUUUUAAUGUGUGUGUGUGUGUGUGUGUGUGUUUGUUUGUUUGACGUGUGUCCAUCAGUCAGAGCUUGUCCACUCUGACAGUCAUUGAAGGCUUCCUGUCCAGACGGCCGAUGCCAGCAGGCCGAGUCUCCCCCGACAACCAAGGCCAGAACCAGACCUGGGUCCGCAACAUCAACUACUACAGUGAGUCACACGGCACAACCCUGUUCCCAUGGCAACCACUACUACCCAGACCAUGCCAUCAUCAUUAUUCCCAUGGCAACCCUUUGACUCUUCACUUGUGACAGCUCAGCUGUGAUUUGAACCCAGAUCCCACUAAUGUACUCUGUUGUUCCAGACUAACUAUUAGACUAGUUAGCUUGUUUUCACAGCAUCCGGUGGAAUAUUUUGGCUUCAAACUGCUAACUGAACUAUCUACACUCACAUCAGUCUUUCUGUGAUUCCUCACAUCCUAUCUCCUCGCCUCCUCAACUGUCUUGUAAGGAAAGGUCCAGGGUCUCCAUCAGACUUUCUUCUCCAAUGGGUUUUGAAGUGGAGGCAAGAAGAGACAAUACGAGGAAUUGAUGAAAGAUGAAUUAAGAAAGAGCCAUGCUUUUUCUCAGACAUCGAUCUCUGGGUUAAUUUUCUAGAUCAUACUGCCCCCUACUGGAAUGGCCACCACACUACACUAGAUACAGUAUGUAUUGUGUCCCAAAUGGCACCCUAUUCCCUAAAUAGUGCACUACUUUUGGCCAGAGCCCUAUAUGGGCCCUGUUCAAAAGUAGUGCACUACAUAGGGAAUAGGGUGCCAUUUGGGACAUAGCAUAUUUGCUGGAGUCGCCCCAUGAUGCUGAUGUAGUGAAUGUGUCUGUCUACCCCCAGGGUUGGAUGGGAGUACGUCUGCCUCGGAGAGAGAGAAACUCAUCAACCAGUUCAAUGACCCAGAGAACACCUCCACAUGGGUCUUCCUCCUGUCAACGAGGUAAUAUACUGUACAGACACACUGAUACACAUAAAAAUAUAAGUGAAAUUGAUGUGGUGUGAUGGGCUCUUCCCUUUCUAGUAAUUAUAUUUCUAUGCUUAUAUUCUUCACUCAAAUACACAACAAAAGCUGCGUUUACACAGGCAGCCCAAUUCUGAAUCUUUUGUUUUCACUAAUUGGUCUGUUGAACAAUCAGAUCAGCUCUUUUGCCUAUAAUUGGGCAGAAUAUCAUAAUUGAGCAACCUGUGUAAACGCAGCCAAAUGCACUCAAUUAGACACACUAGCUCACACAUAUUUAUUCACACACAUAAUUGGAUAUAUUGCCCCUCCCUUUUACAUACACUUGAUUAGCCAUUCACUUACACAAACACACUUGUGCAUGUUCUUAAUAAGCCUGUGUUGUGUGACUUGCAGGGCGGGCUGCUUGGGGGUGAACCUAAUCGGGGCCAACCGGGUGGUGGUGUUUGAUGCGUCAUGGAACCCGUGUCACGACGCCCAGGCGGUGUGUCGGGUGUACCGCUACGGACAGAAGAAGCGCUGCCACAUCUACCGCCUGGUCUGUGACUUCACCCUGGAGAAAAAGAUCUACGACCGACAGGUCUCCAAGCAGGGCAUGUCUGGUAAGAGAGAGGGGGAGAGGGAGGGAGGUUAGGAAGGGAGAGAGAGAGAGAGUGGAGGGGGGUGUGUGUGUGUGAUGGUGCUGCUGCUCCUGUGUGUGACAGGGCAUGUCUGGUAAGAGUGUGUGUGGUUUAAUAUAUUGAAUAUGUCAUGGCAUGAAAUUGAAGUUGAAAUGCGAAUGGCGGCGUAGUACAGGGGAAUCUCAGUGGUCAGUAACACACUGUGAUUGGUUGUGUCCAGACCGCGUGGUGGAUGACCUGAACCCGGUACUGACGUUCACCCGCAAGGAGGUGGAGUCUCUGCUGCACUUUGCGGAGGAGGAGCCUGACCCGGCCAAAGCCCCUCUGCAGCCUCACGAAGAGAUGGAGACGGUCAUCAGCCAGGCCUGUCAGCUCUACCCCCACCUCAUCACUAAGGUACACUCACACACUCACUCAUGCACAGAUACACACUCUCACACGCGUAGACACUCAGUGCCCAGUUUAUUAGGUUCACCACCCCGGUCACGAAAAUGGUUCGCUCCUGAGUCACGUGGCCAUGGCUUGCUAUAUAGAGCAGGCAGACGGGCAUCUUGGCAUUCAGUUACUGUUCGAUUGAACGUUAUAAUGGGAAAAACUAGUGACCAAAGCGACUUUGAGUGUGGUAUGAUCAUCGGUGCCAGUUGCGCCGGUUCCAGUAUCCUCCUGGGCUUUUCACACACGACAGUGUCUAGGGUUUACAGAGAAUGCGGCGAAGAAACCAAAAACAUCCAGUCAGCGGCAGUCCUGUAGGCGAAAACAGCUCGUUGAUGAGAGCGGUCGAAGGAGAAUGGCAAGAAUCGUUCAAGCUAAGAGGCGGGCCACAAAUAGGUCAAUAACAGCGCAGAACAACAGUGGUGUGCAGAACGGCAUCUCGGAACACACAACUCGUCGGUCCUUGUCACAGAUGAGCUAUUGCAGCAGACGACCACACUGGGUUCCACUCCUAUCAGCUAAAAACAAGAAGAUGCGGCUCAAGUGGGCACGCGAUCACCAACACUGGACAAUUGAGGAGUGGAAAAACAACCCCUGGUCCGACGAAUCCCGGUUCCUAUUGCGUAAUGCUGAUGGCAGAGUCAGGAUUUGGCGUAAGCAGCAUUAGUCCAUGGACCCAUCCUGCCUGGUGUCAACGGUACAGGCUGGUGGUGUAAUGGUGUGGGAAAUGUUUUCCUGGCACCCGUUAGGUCCCUUGAUACCAAUUGAGCAACGUUUCCAUUCCCCAAAGAAUUCGGGCUGUUCUGAAGGUCCGACCCAGUACUGGAUUGGUGUACCUAAUAAAAUGUAUAUACACACCGUCAUGUCAUGGAUCACUGUAUUAAUAUGGUACACACACCACUCACACUAACAUCCCUGUUGAUAUGUACCCCACCAGGAACCCUUCCAUCAUGAGUCUCUGCUGGUGGACCGGAAAGAGUCCAAGCUCACUAAAGCAGAGAAGAGAGCUGCUAAGAAGAGCUAUGAGGAUGAGAAGCGUGCCUCCGUGCCCUACUCUCGCCCCUCCUAUGCCCACUACUACCCAACAAGCGACCAGACCCUCACCAACAUCCCAGCCUUCAACCAGCGCAACUGGUGAGUGGUCCAAUGAAUGCACUAUUCCUACCACUAAUCAUACAGCAUCCCUAACCAAUCCUCCAACAGCGCUGUGUAAGCCUGUUAAGCAGGCCUAAACAAAAGCCUAUCCAUACAAAUGAUCCUUCUAGCCUCCAAACUCAACCAUGCCAUCUGCAGCAAUCAUCAGUCUAGAAAACUGUCCCAAAUCAGACUGUGUAUUGAUAUGAUCCUCAUGUGUUUUUGAAUCCUCCAGGCGUCCCAUAGCUCGGGGUGAUGAGAAGCCCAUGGCCAGCGUCCGGCCCAUCCAGUCCACCCCCAUCCCCAUGAUGCCUCGCAUGGCGGGCAUGGGCAUGGCCGGCUCCAGCUCCGGGGUCAGCUUCCCGGUCAACUACCUGCAGAAGGCGGGUGUCUAUGUUCAGAGGAUCGUCACUACCACUGGUACAAUAGAUAUCCUGCAGGGAUAAUCACUUUUGAAUUGAAUUGGUGCUGAUAGACACUGAAACGCUUGGCAGGGUCCUGUUCAUUUGGGCACAUCGUGUCCAAUUUUUUUGCCGCGUACAAUGAAAAUGAGUAUUUAAUAGACAAGGUCAGAUAGAACUUCCCAGUUUCGGAGCGGUUUCUUCUGUUUGGGGCCAACUAAACACAACGGGUUAGGAGUUUUAGGAAUAACUCCUGGUCUUGGGUCAGGUGAAAUGCUUUGGGGCUGCAUUAGGAUAGACAGGUGAUAUUGGGCUACGUCCCAAAUGGCACCUUAUUCCCUAUAGAGUGCACUACUUUUGACCAGGGCCCAUAGAGAAUAGGGUGCUAUUUGGGAUACUGCCGUGGUAUUGUUUGGACCUUUUUGACUCCUUCUGUUUGCCCCUUCAGAUAUAGUGAUCCCUGGAGCCAACAGCACCACGGAUGUCCAGGCACGUAUCGGUGCAGGAGAGAGCAUCCAUGUGAUCAAAGGGUCAAAAGGUAAUAAGAACAUACUGUAUACUGUAGAAGCUGUACCUCAUAUCUACCUGCAUGUGUAGUUAAAUUAAUUCUCUACAUACUCUAAUCAAAAUACUGUGCUCAGCUUGGAGAGCGGUUUACAAUAUCCACAUGGACACCUGAAUUCCCAGGUUGUUAUCUCAUUUAGAUAGGGCUUGGUACUUUAACCUAAGCAUCAAAACUGACUGGUGCUUCCCUGCAUGCUUAUUUUUAUGUUUCUUACUUUACCUUAUUUUUUACUGAAUAGUUUUAUUAGCUAAUGUCAUGAGAGGAGAGCUUGCAAGUAAGCAUUUCAUUGUACUGUGUACACUUCUCUGUAUCCUGUACAUAUGACAAAUAAAGUUUGAUUUGAUAUCAGACACUAACUGCGGUCUUCCUCACAGGUACCUACAUCAGGACCAAUGAUGGGAGGAUUUUUGCCAUCCGCUCAGGGAAGCUCAGCAGAGCAGUGCAGGGGGGAUCUGCUACUAACAGAGGUGCUCUACAUACACAAAGUACUUUACAUUACAUGAUGAGGAAUCCAUGUAACAGGAUAUGACAGAACAAAGUGACUUGGUGUUCAGACUACAUAGAUAGGGCUGGGUGGUAGCCUAGCGGUUAAGAGGUUGGGCCAGUAACUGAAAGGUUGCUGGUUCUAAUCCCCGAGCUGACUAGGUGAAGGUACUUAACCCUAAUUGCUCCUGUAAGUUGCUCUGGAUAUGAGCGUCUGCUAAAUGACUAAAAUGUCAAAUGCGCUGGGUAGUAGACUGAGGUAUGUAGUAGAGAGAAAAAAUGACCAGAGAGGACCUAGUACCGAGCCCUGGGGGACACCAGUGGUGAGACAUCAACAUGCUGCGUUAAGGGAAUAAUGACUCUCUUUUGACCCUCCUCUAUUCCUCAGGUUCCCAGGCUUCCCUGCUCCACGCCAUCGGUAACGGCUGUUUGUCUCCCAUGGAGCGCCAGCGGCUGACCCCCGACAGCGCCUCGCGGCCCUCCACCCCCGAGAGCCCCGAGAUCCUCAGAGAACUCAGCCGCUACGCCGUCACCGUGGAUACCGUCGCCAUGGGCAACGAGCUGCCGUCACCAUCGGACAUGGCUACAGGGGACGGAGAGGGGGGGAGCAGAACGCAGCAGUACAGUCAGAGCACAGAGUCGGACCUCAGUCGGCAGCUCAGAGAGGACAUCGGAAUGAGUAUCAGCGAGGCUCUACGAUGCUCCAAACGCAAGAUGGCCGCAGCAGCGGGUGGACACAAGCAGGCGGGGGGCAAACGCAGCUCAUCUGCAACCGGGUUCCCGGGCCUCUCCCUGGGCAGUGGAGGGCUCAGCUUCCCCCCCCUGAACCAGGCCCUGCUGGGGGGACACAUGAGCCACCCAAUGCUGAUGGGAGGCAGCUCCUCGUCCCCCUUCCUCCAGUCAGCAGGACAGACUCUGGGAGACCUGCAGACCAUGUUCCCCUCGGCAGGGGCGGACCUCCUCAGCCAUGCCUCCUCAGCCACAGGAAACAACGGACACCUCCCCUCAUCCUCCACCUCCUCCUUGUCCUCCACCUCUUUCUCCUCCACCAUUGCCACCAUGCCCAUGCCCAUGUCCUCGGCCUCCACAUCCUCCUCCUCCACCCUUCCCCCCUACCUGAUGAACCCCAGUGUGGCUGGUCUGCUUUCCCCAGGCUUCCCUCUGAACUACAGUCAGUCCCUGUUGCCUGAGCCCAGCAUGUACUCCAACAGCCUGGGAGGAGGCCCAGGCAGCACUGGAGGAAGCUCCAGCUUCCUCUCCCACUUCCCCUCUUCCCCCUCCAGCCUCCUGGGUGCAGCGCUGAGCCAGCCCGACUCCCACCACCUAGCCACGGAGAACGGUGGCAGCAGCUCGGACGAUGAUGUCAUUGAGGUGACAGGACAAUGA